AUGUCCCAGCCCACCCAAAACGACAUCGCCAAACACCUCCGCGCCCUCCACAAACCAGGCCACCCCCUCAUCCUCACCAAUGUCUAUGACGCCAGCACCGCCACCAUCAUCGCCUCGCUCCCGGCUGCCCAAGCCAUCGCGACCGCCUCCUACGCCGUCGCAUCCACCCUCGGCGUGCCGGACGCCGACCUCAGCAAAUCACAAAACCUCGCUGCACUACAGCGCAUCGUCUCCGCCGCGAACGCCGUCAACCCGUCCCUCCCCGUCACCGUCGACCUGCAGGACGGGUACGGUGAUCACGCCGCCCUCGCGUCCACCAUCCGAGAGGCCAUCGCGCUCGGCGCGGUGGGCUGUAACCUCGAAGACGCGGAUAGUACGGGCAGACUGUAUCCGCUGGCAGAAGCGGUUGCGCGCGUGAAGACGGUCGUGGACGCCGCCGCGGCGGCGGGGGUUCCGGAUUUCGUGCUGAAUGCGCGGACGGAUGUGCUCUUCCAGGCUGGGGCGAGUAUCGACGAUGCAGUGGCUCGGGGGAGGGCGUUUUUGGGCGCGGGGGCGUGCACGGUGUUCGUUUGGGGGGGGGCCGCGGGGCCGCGGGGUGUCGAGCGAGGAGAUUCGGCGGUUGGUGCGCGAGUUGGGGGGCAUGGUGAAUGUGAAGUGGAGUUGUGGCGAGGGCUUCUUGGGGGUGCAGGAGAUCCGCCAGCUCGGCGUGGCGAGGGUGAGUGUCGGGCCGGAGCUGUGGAAGUGUGCGAUGAGGGCGUUUAA